AUGAGCUUUGUGCAAAAGGGAACCUGGUUACUUCUAGCUCUGCUUCAUCCCACUGUUAUUUUGGCGCAACAGAGUUCGGAGGAUGGCUGCACCUAUCUCGGUCAGACCUAUGCAGCUCGAGAUGUCUGGAAGCCGGAACCAUGCCAAGUAUGUGUCUGUGACGCAGGAUUAGUUCUCUGCGAUGACAUACUAUGUGAUGAGGAAGGUUUAGACUGCCCCAACCCAGAAAUCCCAUUUGGAGAAUGUUGUGCAAUUUGCCCACCGAGUCCAAGACCUACUACAGGUCCUUCUGUUGGUCAAGGACGUCAAGGCCCCAAAGGAGAUCGAGGCCCUCCUGGUAUUCCUGGGAGAAAUGGUGACCCUGGUAUCCCAGGGCAACCAGGUUCCCCUGGUUCUCCUGGCUCCCCUGGAAUCUGUGAACCAUGUCCUGGUGGUCAGAACUAUUCUCCCCAGUAUGACUCUUAUGACGUCAAGGCUGGAGGUUUAGGAGCAGGAGCUGGCUUUCCUGGUCCAGCUGGUCCUCCAGGCCCUCCUGGCCCCCCUGGUACAUCUGGUCAUCCUGGUUCCCCUGGUUCGCCAGGAUACCAAGGUCCCCCCGGUGAACCAGGGCAAGCUGGUCCUGCAGGCCCUCCAGGACCUCCUGGUGCUAUAGGUCCAUCUGGUCCUGCUGGAAAAGAUGGAGAGUCAGGAAGACCCGGACGACCCGGAGAGCGAGGAUUGCCUGGACCUCCCGGUGUGAAAGGCCCAGCUGGCAUGCCUGGAUUCCCUGGUAUGAAAGGACACAGAGGCUUUGAUGGACGAAAUGGAGAAAAGGGUGAAACAGGUGCUCCUGGGUUAAAGGGUGAAAAUGGUCUUCCAGGUGAAAAUGGAGCUCCUGGACCCAUGGGUCCAAGAGGGGCUCCUGGUGAGAGAGGACGGCCAGGACUUCCUGGAGCUGCAGGGGCUCGAGGUAAUGAUGGUGCUCGAGGUAGCGACGGUCAACCAGGCCCUCCUGGUCCCCCAGGAACUGCAGGAUUCCCUGGAUCCCCUGGUGCUAAGGGUGAAGUUGGACCUGCAGGAUCCCCUGGUUCAAAUGGAUCCCCUGGACAAAGAGGAGAACCCGGACCUCAGGGACAUGCUGGUGCUCAAGGUCCUCCUGGCCCUCCUGGGAAUGCUGGGAGUCCUGGUGGUAAAGGUGAAAUGGGUCCUGCUGGCAUUCCUGGAGCUCCUGGGUUAAUGGGAGCCCGGGGUCCUCCAGGACCACCUGGUGCUAAUGGUGCUCCUGGACAGCGAGGUGGUGCGGGUGAACCUGGUAAGAAUGGUGCCAAAGGAGAGCCAGGACCACGUGGUGAACGUGGAGAAGCUGGUUCCCCAGGCAUUCCAGGACCCAAGGGUGAAGACGGCAAAGAUGGAUCACCUGGCGAACCUGGUGCAAAUGGAAUACCAGGAGCUGCAGGAGAAAGGGGUGCCCCUGGAUUCCGAGGACCUGCUGGACCAAAUGGCAUUCCAGGAGAAAAGGGUCCUGCUGGGGAACGUGGUGGUCCAGGCCCUGCAGGUCCCAGAGGAGCAGCUGGAGAACCUGGCCGAGAUGGUGCCCCGGGAAGUCCAGGAAUGAGGGGUAUGCCUGGAAGCCCAGGAGGACCAGGCAAUGAUGGAAAACCAGGACCUCCCGGAACACAAGGAGAAAGUGGUCGCCCGGGUCCUCCUGGGCCAUCUGGUCCCCGAGGUCAGCCUGGUGUCAUGGGUUUCCCUGGUCCUAAAGGAAACGAUGGUGCUCCUGGCAAGAAUGGAGAACGAGGUGGCCCUGGAGGGCCUGGCCUUCCGGGUCCCCCUGGAAAGAAUGGUGAAACUGGUCCUCAGGGUCCCCCAGGACCUACUGGGCCAUCUGGUGACAAGGGAGACUCAGGACCUCCUGGUCCCCAAGGAUUACAAGGCUUACCUGGAACUGGUGGUCCUCCAGGAGAAAAUGGAAAACCUGGUGAACCAGGUCCAAAGGGAGAAGCUGGUUCUCCUGGAGCUCCCGGAGGAAAGGGUGAUGCUGGUGCUCCUGGGGAACGUGGGCCUCCUGGGUUGGCAGGGACCCCAGGUAUCAGAGGUGGAGCUGGUCCCCCUGGCCCCGAAGGAGGAAAGGGUCCUGCUGGUCCCCCUGGGCCACCUGGUACUGCUGGUUCUCCUGGUCUGCAAGGGAUGCCUGGAGAAAGAGGAGGUCCUGGAGGUCCUGGCCCAAAAGGUGACAAGGGUGAACCAGGUAGUGCUGGUGCUGAUGGUGCUCCAGGAAAAGAUGGUCCAAGGGGUCCUACUGGUCCUAUUGGUCCCCCUGGCCCUGCUGGUCAGCCUGGAGAUAAGGGUGAAGGUGGUGCCCCUGGACUUCCAGGUAUAGCUGGACCUCGUGGUGGCCCUGGUGAGAGAGGUGAGCAUGGACCUCCUGGCCCUGCUGGCUUCCCUGGUGCUCCCGGACAGAAUGGUGAGCCUGGUGCUAAAGGAGAAAGAGGCGCCCCUGGUGAGAAAGGUGAAGGAGGCCCUCCUGGAGUUGCAGGGCCCCCUGGAGGUGCAGGGCCUGCAGGUCCUCCUGGUCCCCAAGGUGUAAAGGGUGAGCGUGGCAGUCCUGGUGGUCCUGGUGCUGCUGGCUUUCCUGGUGCACGUGGUCUUCCUGGUCCUCCUGGCAAUAAUGGUAACCCAGGGCCACCGGGCGCCAGUGGUGCUCCAGGCAAAGAUGGACCCCCAGGUCCUGCAGGUAACAGUGGUUCUCCUGGCAACCCUGGAGUGGCUGGGCCAAAAGGUGAUGCUGGCCAACCAGGAGAGAAGGGACCACCUGGUGCCCAGGGACCUCCGGGAGCUCCAGGCCCACUUGGAAUUGCAGGGAUUACAGGAGCACGGGGUCUUGCAGGACCACCAGGCAUGCCAGGUCCUAGAGGAAGUCCUGGUCCUCAGGGUCUCAAGGGUGAAAGUGGGAAACCAGGUGCUAGUGGCCACAAUGGGGAACGUGGUCCUCCUGGACCCCAAGGUCUCCCUGGUCUGGCUGGUGCAGCUGGUGAACCUGGAAGAGAUGGAAACCCUGGAUCAGAUGGUCUGCCAGGCCGAGAUGGUGCUCCUGGUGGCAAGGGUGAUCGUGGUGAAAAUGGCUCUCCUGGUGCCCCUGGUGCUCCUGGUCAUCCAGGCCCACCUGGUCCUGUUGGUCCAGCUGGAAAGAGUGGUGACAGAGGAGAAGCUGGCCCUGCUGGUCCUGCUGGUGCUCCUGGUCCUGCUGGUUCCCGAGGUGCUCCUGGUCCUCAAGGCCCACGUGGUGACAAAGGUGAAACUGGCGAACGUGGCUCUAAUGGUAUCAAAGGACAUCGAGGAUUCCCAGGCAAUCCAGGCCCCCCAGGUUCUCCUGGUCCUUCUGGUCACCAGGGUGCUGUUGGUAGUCCAGGACCUGCAGGCCCCAGAGGACCUGUUGGACCUCAUGGACCUCCUGGAAAAGAUGGAACCUCUGGACAUCCAGGUCCCAUUGGACCACCAGGGCCUCGAGGUAACAGAGGUGAAAGAGGAUCUGAGGGCUCCCCAGGACACCCAGGACAACCAGGCCCUCCUGGACCCCCUGGUGCCCCUGGUCCUUGCUGUGGUGGUGGGGCUGCCGCCCUAGGUGGGGUUGGAGGUGAAAAAUCUGGUGGUUUUGCACCUUAUUAUGGAGAUGAACCAAUGGAUUUCAAAAUCAACACUGAAGAAAUUAUGUCUUCGCUGAAAUCUGUUAACGGACAAAUAGAAAGCCUCAUUAGUCCUGAUGGUUCUCGUAAAAACCCUGCUAGGAACUGCAGAGACCUGAAAUUCUGCCAUCCUGAACUCAAGAGUGGAGAAUAUUGGGUUGAUCCUAACCAAGGUUGCAAGAUGGAUGCUAUCAAAGUAUUCUGUAACAUGGAAACUGGGGAAACAUGCAUACAGGCUAGUCCUUUGACUGUUCCACGUAAGAACUGGUGGACAGAUACUGGGGCUGAGAAGAAACAUGUCUGGUUUGGAGAGUCAAUGGAUGGUGGUUUUCAGUUUAGCUAUGGCAAUCCUGAACUUCCUGAAGAUGUGCUCGAUGUUCAAUUGGCAUAUCUCCGACUUCUCUCAAGCCGGGCCUCCCAGAACAUCACAUAUCACUGCAAGAAUAGCAUUGCAUACAUGGAUCAGGCCAGUGGGAAUGUAAAGAAAGCCCUGAAGUUGAUGGGGUCAAAUGAAGGUGAAUUCAAGGCUGAAGGAAGUAGCAAAUUCACAUACACAGUUCUGGAGGAUGGUUGCACUAAACACACUGGGGAAUGGAGCAAAACAGUCUUUGAAUAUAGAACACGCAAGGCAGUGAGACUACCUAUUAUAGAUAUUGCACCCUAUGAUGUUGGUGGUCCUGAUCAAGAAUUUGGUGUGGACAUUGGCCCUGUUUGCUUUCUAUAAGCCAAACUCUAUCUGAAACUCCAGCAAAAAAAAUUCCACAUUCCAUAUGUGUUCCUUUUGUUCUAACCUUGUCAACCAGUACAAGUGACCAACUAAAUUCCAGUUAUUUAUUUCCAAAAUUUUUGGAAAAUGUGUAAUUUGACAAAAAAAAGGAUACUUUUUUUUUUUUUGCUGUUCUACAAAUACAGUUCAAAUGCUUUUUGUUUUAUUUUUUUACCAAUUCCAAUUUCAAAAUGUCUCAAUGGUGCUAUAAUAAAUAAACUUCAACACUCUUACAAUAACACUGUGUUACAUUCUUGAAUCCUAGCCCAUCUGUACAGCAAUAAUUGUGCUCACCAGUAAAAGAUAAUCUUUCUUUCUGAAAUAGUCAGACAUGAAAUUAGAAAUGACCUCCCUCUUUAACUACCUCAACUGGUCAGAAACAGAUAAAUUCUUUGAGUCCCAGAAGACUGAACAAUUUGUGUAAGAUGACCAAAUGUAUGAAUCUCAUUGAUUAAUUUCCUAGAACAUUGGUUAAAAAAAAAAAAAAGGUAGUCCAAAAACUUAAGCAAACAUUUUCUAAGCCACAGUUAUCUUCAUCUUGGCUAUCAAAUGCUAUUCAAGGUGCUUCUCUCUUUACUUGUCAUUGCUGGUGAAAAUGAAAAACAUUUGGGAGGCUUUAAAGACACAUGUUAUGGUGCUAAUGAACUUUCACUUUCAGAACUCUGCUUUCAAACCAUGAAUGCACAAUGUCUGUACCUGUCUCCCAUCAGAAAGAUUAAUUGGCAUGCCACAGGGAAUCUGUCCCUUCAUCCUGUAAAAAUCAAACAAAUUACGGGGCUGCUUUUGUCACAAUAACACGGAGAAUGUUUUGAAAUUUUCCUUUGUAAGCUUGUAUGUGGUUGUUGAUCUUUUUUUCUUACAGACACCCAUAAUAAAAUAU